ACCGCUUCCUGGUGUGGACUAAUAAUGGACUGAUGAAAGCGAGAGAGAAGGUGUUACUGCUCGAUUCGGGAACAGAAGAGACACGGUAUUCAGCUGGAGGAAUGUCAGCCACAGACAGAUCUGCAGAGGAUGGCGGCUCCUUCUCGUCAAAGGUCAUCAACGUUGUGUUCAUCAUCCUGCUGCUGGACCUGCUGGGAUUUACACUGAUUCUGCCCCUGCUGCCUUCAAUUUUGGACCAUUAUGCAGAAACAGGGGAUGCCAUAUAUCAGUCUCUGCAGAGUGUUGUGGACUGGUUCAGGGAGGUCGUGGGGAUUCCUAUGGAAAAGAAGUACAACACUGUCCUGUUUGGAGGUCUGAUCGGGUCCCUGUUUUCUCUGCUGCAGUUCCUGACGUCGCCCAAAACCGGGGCUCUGUCAGACCAGCAUGGAAGACGACCCUUGCUCAUUCUUACCACAUUAGGGCUGAUGUCCUCUUAUGCGGUCUGGGCCGUUUCCCGGAGUUUCAGCAUGUUCCUUUUGUUUCGAGUAAUUGGGGGCAUUUGUAAGGGCAACGUCAGCCUCUGCACUGCCAUCGUGGCUGACUUGCCUUGCCCAAAAGCACGGAACCGAGGAAUGGCCAUGAUCGGCAUCGCCUUCUCCCUGGGCUUCACUGUGGGACCUCUGAUGGGUGCCUACUUUGCUGUCAGCUCCAGAACAACAGGAAGCGUCUUCUACCAAACGCCAGCUCUGCUCGCUCUUGCCUUCACCAUCGCUGAUCUGCUGGUCAUUUGGCUGAUGCUGCCAGAGACGCUCACAAAGGAUGUCAAGGCUUCGUCUUCAGGGCUCGGGGACUCCAGGGACCUUAUGAACCCAUUAUCUUUAUUCCAUUUUUCAGCUGUUACUAGGGCAACAGAUCCGCCUUCAAAAGAAAGCAUGCAGAAACUUCAGGUGUUGGGCCUGGUUUAUUUCUUCUACCUCUUCCUGUUCUCUGGUCUGGAGUUCACGCUGAGUUUUCUGACUCACCAGCGAUUCCACUUUACAAGUAUGCAGCAGGGAAAGAUGUUCUUCUUCAUUGGGGUCAUUAUGGCUUUGAUCCAGGGGGGUUACGCUCGCAGAAUCAAACCCGGGCACCAUAUCAAGGCUGUUCGUAUGGCAAUAAUGACAUUAAUCCCAGCAUUUAUUCUCAUCGGGCUCUCAUGGAACAUAACAAUGCUAUACGUCGGUUUGGCGCUGUACUCAUUUGCGGCUGCUGUGGUAGUUCCAUGUCUGUCGACGCUUGUUUCUGACCAUGGAUCAGCCAGUCAGAAGGGCACAGUGAUGGGGAUUCUGCGGAGUUUGGGCGCUCUGGCCAGAGCACUGGGACCAGUUGUGUCAUCCUCCGUUUACUGGAUAGCUGGAGCCCAGACCUGUUUUCUUCUCACAUCAGCCUCUUUCAUUAUCCCUCUGGCUCUCCUGAGAACAGCUGGCAGGCUAAAGGAGGAGUGAGAGACACAAAGACUUGAAAGAGACGUUUUCAUGUUCUGUGCAGUUUUAAUGAUUGUUAUAAUGUUUACAUCAGCCGGGAAUACAAGCACUGACUUAUUACUUUGAGAUGUAUACUUUAUGCGCUGUUCACAAAGAAUCAUCACAUGAACCAAAGUAAUGCAAGAAGACCAUGCACAUGCCAAAACAGAGGGAAGGUAUUGUAUAAAUGUGGAAUGAGUGGAGCCUUUUAAUGUGCACAUGUUGAUCUGUGCAGACUGUGAAAUCCACAGGCUGGGGUAGGUUACAAAUAUGUUCAUUUAUGCUUGUGUAACAUAGAUAUCAUUUUAUAAUGCAAUAUUUUAUCAAUCACGAAAUAUCAUUUUAUUUUAGCUCGAAAUGUGGAUAUACUAUUUUGUAAUUAAAACAAUAAUUUA